GCAGAGCCAUUUUUACUGUUGAGUAACUGCAUGCUGGUCGGCCUCUGCUAGGGAGAGGGUGAGCGAGCGCAAGCUGGAGGAAUUGAGCGCUCCUCUCCGAUUUUAUCGGAGCCCUCUCUUGCCGUCCCUCUCUUCGCUUUCAGCUUGUGUCCAUUUAAGUUGGGGAAGCCCUGGAGAGGACACACAAUGGAGCGAAGAGGCUGUGGCAACUGGGCCGUUGUACUGCUGAGAGGGGGAUGGGGUAGAGAGAGGACCGGUUCACACAGCUAACACAGCCUGCCGGCUGUAGGCUUCCUCAGCCUUUCGUUCCACGCCCGGACCCACUGUUUCCAGGCCGGGGCCUUCAUUUUUUGAGGAACAGCCAUCCUAAAACUUCGCUUGGACUACACUAAGGAUUACUCAUUGUGUUUUUGGGAUUUUAAGAUGAGAACUGGAGCCUAAAAAUUAAAACCGUCCUCGGUCUUGGAUUAGAAAAAAGGAAAAACUGAUUUCCUCUUGCUCUUUUUUGGUUUCAGUUUAGUCAAGUUCAUAAAUGGAUUACAAGAUGCAUGCCAAGUCAAACGAUUUGUUGGAUUUUCAAAAGCUGGACGCUCUUCUGGAAAAAAUUGCACAUUCAGUCUCUGUGAAAAGAGAGUCCAGCGAGGAGUGCAAUGGGAUCAGUGGUGCUCUGUCAGUGGAGUCUGUGCCGGGGCCAAGACUGAACUGGUGUCCUACCAACAUCCCUACCCCUGCCCCUGCAGCUCACGCUCCAGCUCGGGGGCCUGAGCCCAACCCUUUUAGAAUGGGGGACGGCCUGGAUGCAGCGCAGAUGUCGGGCAGCAGCAGCAGCAGCAGCAGCAGCCAGGGGCAGGCCCAGCAAAUGGGCAAUCCCCCACCCCCAGAGUACAUCAAUCCCAACAGGCCAAAGCGCCAGACCAACCAGCUGCAGUACCUGCUCAAAGUGGUGUUGAAGGCCCUGUGGAAGCACCAGUUUGCCUGGCCCUUUCACAUACCAGUUGAUGCGAUCAAACUUAACCUGCCUGACUACUACACAAUAAUCAAAACUCCCAUGGACAUGGGAACAAUCAAGAAAAGGCUUGAGAACAGCUACUACUACAACGCCCAAGAAUGUCUCCAAGACUUCAAUACGAUGUUUACCAACUGCUACAUAUACAACAAGCCUGGAGAUGACAUAGUCUUAAUGGCCGAGGCUCUAGAGAAGGUUUUCCUCCAAAGGAUCCGAGAGAUGCCUCUAGAAGAAACAGAGAUUGUUGUCAUGAUGGGAAAAGGCCGUGGCCGGGGCCGAAGAGAAGGAGGUCUCACCAUGAAACCAGGGCCCAUCAUGGAUUCAUUGCCUACGACUCCUCAAACACGUCUGUCAAAUCUCCCAGCAGCGCCGCUGACCAGAGGACCAGUGCCGGGCCCGCCUUCACUACCUCCCCAGCCUUUGAUGCAGAUCCUGCCGUCCCACGUGCCCCCAAUGUUACCCAGCCACGCGCCACAGCUUGUAGUCCCCUACUCCCUGGGCCAAAUGGACUGUCCUCCUCAAGGUCCCAUCAUGACUUCUGUGCCACCCCCAGUUCAAACCUCCCUUACCCCAGCAUCCAUCCAGAGCACUGCCCCCAUGCUGCAGAACCCUAUAACCAUGACUAAACAAAGAAAGAGCCAGAAAAGGAAAGCUGACACUACAACACCCACAGCAAAUGACCAACUUAGUGAGUCCUCACCAGCAGAGUCCAAAUCUGGGAAGACACUACCAAGGCGAGAGAGUAACCGCCCUACAAAACUGAUAAAGAAGGAUGCACCGGACUCUCAGCAUCACAUAGGCAUGGUGAUGGGACUAAGUGGACCAAGUGGAGGUCUUAGCCCAAAACCACAGGAUCAGCUGGGUUACUGUGCUAGUCUGGUUAGGGAUAUGUUGUCCAAGAAGCAUGCUGGUUAUGCCUGGCCAUUUUACAAACCUGUGGAUGUGGAUGCGCUGGGAUUACACGAUUAUCACGAUAUCAUCAAAUAUCCCAUGGAUCUCAGCACCAUCAAGGUCAAGCUGGAGAACAGGCAAUACCGGGAACCCCAGGAGUUUGCUGCUGACGUACGAUUAAUGUUUUCCAACUGCUACAAAUACAAUCCACCCGACCACGAGGUGGUAGCUAUGGCUCGAAAGCUGCAGGAUGUCUUCGAGAUGCGUUUUGCCAAGAUGCCAGAUGAACCUGAGAGCAAGCCAAUAGUCUCUGUCCCAGCUCCUACACUUCACCAUCCCGCCCCAGUAAAGCCCCAGCCUCCUCUGGCCCACAUUGCCUCAUCAACAGACAGCUCCAGUGAUUCCUCCUCUGAGUCCGAGUCUUCAACAGAUGACUCUGAAGAGGAACGAGCCCAGAGGUUGGCAGAGCUCCAGGAUCAGUUGAAGGCUGUCCAUGAGCAGCUGGCUGCCUUGUCCCAACCACAAGCCAGCAAACCAAAGAGAAAGGAGAAGGAAAAGAAAGAGAAGAAAAAAGAAAAGCAUAAGAAGAAAGGAGGCUUAUCUGGUCUUGUCGAUGAGAUCCAGGAUGCUACACCUGUUCCGCAGCUCUCAAAGAAGACAAAGACUAGUAACAAUAACAACAAAGAGGUUGUACCCAAGAAGAAACCUAGUAAAAAGGAAGUGAUGAAAAGCAAUCAUCCCUCCAGUUUGCUGCCUGUACCCGGCCUGGAAGAUGACCUGGGAACCGCUGGGUCAUCGGCAACGGGGGAGAAAUGCAAACCUAUGACGUACGAGGAAAAGAGGCAGCUCAGCUUGGACAUCAACAAACUUCCUGGGGACAAGCUCGGCCGUGUAGUGCAUAUCAUCCAGUCAAGAGAGCCCUCACUCAAAAACUCAAACCCCGAUGAGAUUGAAAUUGACUUUGAGACGCUAAAGCCCUCCACUCUGCGUGAGCUGGAGAGAUAUGUGUCUUCCUGCCUCCGCAAAAAGAAAAAGGUUCAAGUUGAGAAGCCUGUGGAGUCGCUGGCUACCUCCAAAAAGACUGGGUCGUCUUCAGAGAGCAGUGCCUCCAGCACAGACAGCGAAGCUGAGGAGACUGGAAUAAUAAAGCAUCAGAAGAAGAAGGGCCAAUCUGUCAAGGAGGGGAAAAAGACCCAUCCUCAUUUACACAUUCAGAGCGGCCCCGCGCAUAUUGGGAUACUUUCCCAAAUUGCGGGUCUUCAGUCCAGCAUUCAGAUGAAGCAGCAGCCUCAGCCGCCCCCUGCGACCCCCGGGUUUAUUAAUCCCCCUGUAGCUGCUCUUGAGUCUUCCCAGUUACUGGAGACCAGCUUCGACUCCCUGCCGCCUUUCAGCCAGCCGCUGAUGCAUCUCACCCAUCAGGCAGGCAACUCCUCGCCCGCACCCCCACACCUCAAUGCUCAUUCUGCUGGGCCUGUGUCACCUGAGACUCACCCCUUCCUCAACCAACACCCUGUCCUCACGUCUCCAGCUUUGCACAUUUCCAUGCCGCAGCAGCCUUCUCGACCCAGUCACAAAGCAGCGCCUCUUCAUCCCAAACCCCCUCAGCAGCAGCCAGCGCCUCCUCAGCAGCAGCCUCCUCUGCAGCAGCCGACCCUGCAGCAGCCUCCUCUGCAGCAGCCUCCUCUGCAGCAGCCGACCCUGCAGCAGCCGACCCUGCAGCAGCCACAGCUCCAAACACAGCCCCAGUCAGCACCACCACCACCACAGCACCAGCUUUCCUCGCAGAUCCUCCACCCUCCUCAGCCCCUGCACCAGCGGCCCUUGUCCCCUCCAACACUCACACCCCAGGGCUUGCUGUCCUCCCAGCCUCCCCAGAUGCUGCUGGAGGAUGAUGAAGAGCCAGGGUCUACAACGCCUAUGAACCAAGUACAAUUAUACCUGCAGCAGUUCCAGCAAACCCGUCAGCCCCAGCAGUCUAUGCAGUCGCUCCAGGCACAGGCGCGUCAGCAGCAGCAGCAACAACAACAACAACCAGGACAGAUCUCUCUCCUGCAGUCUGUCUCUCUACUAUCCUCGCAGACCACACUGCCCCCUCCCCAGAUCCCCUUGCAGAUCACUCACGUGGCCCCAUCGCAUCAGGCCCCGGCCCAACAGAUGCCUCUUCACCAGGCCCGCCACAUGCAGCAUUCUCAGCCGCAGCCCCAACAACAGCCCCAACCGCAACAACUUAACUACCAGCAUGGUCCAGGACUGGCUGGUCAGUCCCAAGGAUCACAACAACACAAGAUAUCCAUGUCCACCAACAAAGCACAGCAGAUCCUCCAGCAGCAGCAGCAGCAGCAGCAGCAGCCGCAGCAGCAGCAACAGCAGAUCUCCCCUCGCCCGAUCAAGGCUGAGCCCUACAACGCAGGUCACAUGAGGGACAACCCAUCUCCUCUCAUGAUGCAUUCCCCGCAACUUCCCCAGUAUCCACCUGUCUCUCACCAGUCCCCACCUCACAUCAUGCAGCCCAAAAAGCAGAGGGCCCCUGGGAGCCAUGUUGUAACAAAGGAGGAGAAACUUCCUCCAUCACCAGUGAUGAGAGGAGAGCCAUUUAACGCUGCCAUGAGACCGGACCAUCAUAAACAUGCCGAUAACAAACCUUCUCAGGCAGGCCAUGGCCAACAGAAUGUGAAGUCCAUGGAAAGCUUGCGACCCGUCAUCCGCUCCUCCGAAACCAGUGGACUGUCCUCUUCUCUGCAGGAAAAGGAUAAGUUCAAGCAGGAGCCCAAGGUGCCCAUUGCCCCCAAAAAGGUACAGGAUGUGAAACUGAAGAAUAUGGGCUCAUGGGCAAGCCUGGCACAAAAGUCCACAUCCACACCCUUAUCUGCAGUGAAGUCAUCCAGUGACAGUUUUGAGCAGUUCCGUCGUGCUGCCCGGGAGAAAGAGGAGAGGGAGAAAGCUCUGAAGGCCCAAGCGGAGCAGGUGGAAAAGGACCGACAGCGCAGAGAGCAGGACAAACUACGAGGACGAGAUGAGGAGGACAUCAUGGAGCCGAGCAGGAGGGUGCACGAGGAGCCUCGCAGGCGUCUGGAGCAGCAACACAUUCAAGCUCCUUCGCAGCAGCAGCAACAACAGCAACAACAGCAACAGCAGCAGCAGCAACAGCAGCAACAACAACAGCAACAACAGCAGCAGCAACAACAACAACAGCAGCAGCAGCAGCAGCAGCAGCAACAACAACAACAACAAUUACUACAGCAGCAGCAGGAGCCGCAGCCAGCUGCCGUUCAGCAGCCUCCUCAACCGCCAACACCGCCUCAGCCUGCCGCACAGAACCCACUUGACCAACAGAGGGAGCUGGCACGCCGCCGAGAGCAGGAAAGGAGGAGGCGAGAAGCGAUGGCGGCAACUAUUGACAUGAAUUUCCAAAGUGACUUAAUGGCUAUCUUUGAGGAGAACCUAUUUUGAGGACAGGAGCAACUGAAACAUAACUGCAAAAAAAAAAGGAAAGAGAAAUUUUAAAAAAACAGCUAAAGACGUAACUUCCUCUGAGGGGAGAUUUGACGCCGCACAGAGGGACACGAACUGAACGUACGCGUGACGGCCCUCGGACACACACACACACACACACACACACACACACACACACACACGGGGAUGGUCUCCCUGUUUCGGAUGUCAUAUCGUGGGAGCUCGGCACUGUCCGCAGGAGAAAGAGGACCCCCCAGUUGGCACAGUUGCCUUUGUCACUUGCUUUUUACAGCGCGUGUGGCUGCAACGAUGAAUUGCAGGAGUGCGGACGUCCCAAUAACUAUGAAAUGCUCUGAUAAUGUACUGACAGACUGCGCAGAGUUGUUUUGCAACUGCCAGAUAUGUGAGGUUGUGAAGAAGACUGGUCUUUUGUGUUCGGUUUUGUUUUGAUUGUUGUAAGUUAAGGUUGGGAAGGGAGGGCGACGGCAACUUCCAUACUGUAAAUCAUGUAUAUUUCUCAGCAGAGAAGGUACAGCUUGCCUUACACUUCUUUCCUAAACAGGCGAUUAUGUUCUGUUGCCUGCGUACAUGGACAAACCAAUAACAUUUACAGACAGGAGUUAGGAGCACUGCAGACCUUUUUUUCCAUCAUCUAGUAUCUACUGUAAAGAAGUAUUUUCUUAUACUACAAUAACUUAAUUUUGCAUCUUUCUUUUUUUCCUCUUUUGGUCUUUAAAUCUUCAUGAAUCACACUCGCCCACCUCUGUCUAUGCCAAACAACUCACUAUAUUUUAUGCUAAAUCACUUGUCCUAAAUCAAGGUGGGUAGCUAGUAACAAAAGGAUAACCUGAAUAUAUGCAUAUUUCCAGCAAGUAUUUAUCAAACACAGAAUAAGUUAACGUUUUCUUCCUGCCUUGGUUAUUUCUUUUACAACUACAACAUGAACUUGUUCACAGACGAGAGGGAACGUCCGGCCGUUUCUCAGCUUUACUUAGAAUAUGAUUUCACUACAAGUGUCGCACCAUUCUUCGUAUUACACUUUGAGACAUGCCGUUGGAAAUGUUGAUCUCGUCGGGGGAGGGGUUGGCAGCAUAGAUGAGGACCUCCUGCGCCCCCAUCUGGAAUGUUUGAUCCGAUGUCCACAGGCAGGGAGGGAACGAUUAGUGGAAUGAGACCAACACUUUCCGGAGAUGUCACUUGAAUCCGGUUUAGCAACAAACAAAAAAAAAUAUAAUCGCUGAAAGGAAAGUGCAUCCGACUCGUCUUUUAAACUCAGUGAGGACGCACCGUCAACAACACAAAAUGAAGAAAGCAGAAACAAAAGUUUAGAAAUGAAAAUCUCUGAAAUAACAGUUUUGAUUUCACUUUGUUCUUGUUGGAUAAUAGUUGAUGUGAGUUUCUGUUCUUGGAGACAGUUUGGACCGGGCACGGGUUGAAUCCGAAUGCGUCUCGUCCUCCUCACUUGUCUCUGUUAUGGUAUUUUUUUCCAGUGCCUGUAUUGUAUUGCAAUUCUCGUUAACAUAUAUUACACAUCGAGGGGGUUUACAAAGGGGUCAGGAUUGGGUGGUGUAAUAUUUGAAAGGGGAGGGAGAUUUUUGAAAGAGUUUGUGUAAAAAAACAAAAAAAUACAAAAAAUACAAAAAAAGUACAAAAAAAAGAAGGAAAAUACAACGUUUUAUAUUUUACCCCGUGUCAAUAUUCGGGUUUUAAAUUUAGUUUUAGCUGGACUUCUGAGUGUACACAUCUGAAAAACUACUUUUAUCAUUUUGUUCAAUCAGCAGAUUUUAGGUAGUUAUGUUUCAGCGUUGCCACACUAGCGUUGAGUCUGGUCUGAGUGUGACUGUAAAUUUGGACGGCUGUGUGACUGUAUGUGUUUUGUUAUUGUUCUUUUUUGUUUUUUUUAGUGUGGUGCAGGAGACAUUUUCUCUGAUGCAGAUAAGCAUUCUAUGGAUGAGAAUAAACAGAUUAACCAUACUUCAGGACAACUUGUUUCAGUGCUUAAGUCACCUUUUUAAUUUCAAUGGAUUCCACCAUAUAUUAAAUAUAGAAUUUUGGUUUUGAAAGGGUAAAAAAAAAAAAGAAAUUCAUUCCUUUUUCAGCCUUUUUUUUCUUUUUUCACAAAAACUGUUAAUGUGCCAUGAGUUCUACAGAGAAUGUGCUGACCUGCAGCUCAGCCCAGAGUUUGCUUUAUUCAGGUAUUUUAUUUUGUGUUACAUUUGUUCUGUUUUGGGGGUUUUGUUCAUACAUUUUCCUCAAUUUAUUGUUUGGUAUGUGAGUGAUCUAUCGAGGUCUCUGAUUCAGUCUGUUAUGAUCAUUGAAUAAACUCAUCUCUUUUAUAGAAAAUAAAAAAAUAUACUAAAAUCUGGA